AAUCCCAUGCGUUAUGCUGACGAUCCCACGGAAAUGCCAUCCCGCCCACUUCCUGUACACAUUCCUCCGUCCAGGCCAGUGUGUGAGCUGCUGCCUUAUCCUCCAGGGUUACACAGUAGUGAAGAAGACAUCCGGUGAGUGUGAGACACAGAGCAGCCAUCCCCGUGUGUCAGGAGGACUGCGCAGGACCCAGAGCCCCAUCACGGUGCCUCCACCUCACUCACUGACACAUGAGACACAUUGACCAGAAGAUCCUGGAACACCCUACAAGAUAAUUCAGCUGCUGACUGGAGAGGAGGGGGAGUAUAUAGAGGAACACAGGGGUCUGUACAAGGACGUGAUGAUGGAGAAUCACCGUCCCCUCACAUCACUGGAUGGGCCCAGUAACAGAGAUACCCCAGAGAGAUGUCCCCGUCCUCUGUAUUCCCAGGAUUGUACAGAGGAGAAUCACAGGAUCCCACAGGAGGAUCAGGUAGAACGUCUGUCUGAUAUUAAAACAGAAUAUAUAGAGGGAAAAGAAGAGACGUAUGUGAGUGAUAUAAAGGCAGAAGAUACAGAGGGAGAAGAAGAGACGUAUGUGACUGAUAUAAAGACUGAAGAUAUAGAGGGAGAAGAAGAGACAUAUAUGACUGAUAUAAAGACUGAAGAUAUAGAGGGAGAAGAGACGUAUGUGACUGAUAUAAAGGCAGAAGAUAUAGAGGGAGAAGAAGAGACGUAUGUGACUGAUAUAAAGGCAGAAGAUACAGAGGGAGAAGAAGAGACGUAUGUGACUGAUAUAAAGGCAGAAGAUAUAGAGGGAGAAGAAGAGACGUAUGUGACUGAUAUGAAUGCAGAAGAUAUAGAGGGAGAAGAAGAGACGUAUGUGACUGAUAUGAAGGUAGAAGAUACAGAGGGAGAAGAAGAGACGUAUGUGACUGAUAUAAAGGCAGAAGAUAUAGAGGGAGAAGAAGAGACGUAUAUGACUGAUAUAAAGGCAGAAGAUAUAGAGGGAGAAGAAGAGACGUAUGUGACUGAUAUGAAUGCAGAAGAUAUAGAGGGAGAAGAAGAGACGUAUGUGACUGAUAUGAAGGUAGAAGAUACAGAGGGAGAAGAAGAGACGUAUGUGACUGAUAUAAAGGCAGAAGAUAUAGAGGGAGAAGAAGAGACGUAUAUGACUGAUAUAAAGGCAGAAGAUAUAGAGGGAGAAGAAGAGACGUAUGUGACUGAUAUGAAGACAGAAGAUAUAGAGGGAGAAGUAGAGACGUAUGUCACUGAUAUAAAGGUAGAAGAUAUAGAGGGAGAAGAAGACACGUAUGUGAGGGGUGAUCAGCAGUGUAAGGAGGAGGAGAUCCCUACAGAUAUCAGCACAGAUGGACCCACAAGCAGGAAUAUCUCAGAAGGACAUCUAAUGUUAUCCCCGGAUUGUGACAUAAAAGAUAAUGACAGCAGACAGGAUUCUCCAGGAGAUAAUCCCAUUACCCCAAUUAUACAUCCAGCUCUAUCAGCUGAUCCCUCUGAUCCUGGGAAAUGUUCUCCUGAUCACUCUGAUAUUGGUGCAUCUGUUACAGCUCUGAGAGUAGAUACAGUGUUUCCCUGUUCUAUAGAUGCCAAAUGUUUUACACAGAACACAAAGCUUAUUACCCAUCUGGCAGCUAAGGCAGGUGAGAAGCCACUGAUAUGUUCUGAGUGUGGGAAAUGUUUUACCUGCAAAUCACAACUUGUUUCACAUCAGUGCAGUCACAAAGGUCAGAAGCCAUUUCCAUGUUCUGAGUGUGGGAAAUGUUUUACAGAGAAAUCACAUCUUGUUACACAUCAGAGACGUCACACAGGUGAGAACCUAUUACCAUGUUCUGAGUGUGGGAAAUGUUUUGCCCGGAAAUCAGAACUUGUUAGACAUCAGCGAAGUCACACAGGUGAGAAGCCAUUUUCUUGCUCGGAGUGUGGGAAAUGUUUUGCCCAGAAAUCAAAACUUGUUAUACAUCAGCGAAGUCACACAGGUGAGAAGCCAUUUUCUUGCUCGGAGUGUGGGAAAUGUUUUGCCCAGAAAUCAAAACUUGUUAUACAUCAGCGAAGUCACACGGGUGAGAAUCCAAUUUCUUGCACUGAGUGUGGGAAAUGUUUUACACGGAAAUCACAACUUGUUAAACAUCAGAGAAGUCACACAGGUGAGAAGCCAUUUGCAUGUUCUGAGUGUGGGAAAUGUUUUACAGAGAAAUCACAUCUUGUUACACAUCAGAGACGUCACACAGGUGAGAACCUAUUACCAUGUUCUGAGUGUGGGAAAUGUUUUACACUGAAAUCACAUCUUGUUACACAUCAGCGAAAUCACACUGGUGAAAAGCCAUUUCCAUGUUCUGAGUGCGGGAAAUGUUUCACCCGGAAAUCACAACUUGUUAAACAUCAGCGAAGUCACACAGGUGAGACUCCAUUUCCAUGUUCUGAGUGUGGGAAAUGUUUUACAUACAAAUCACUUCUUGUAAUACAUAAGAGAAUACAUACAGGUGAGAAACCAUAUUCCUGUUCUGAGUGUGGGAAAUGUUUUACAUACAAAUCAACUCUUGAUGCACAUAAGAGAAGUCACACAGGUAUAUCACCAUUUCCAUGUUCUGAGUGUGGGAAAUAUUUUGCACAGAAAUCACAACUUGCUAGACAUCAAAGAAUUCACACAGGUGAGAGGCCAUUUCCAUGUUCUGACUGUGGAAAAUGUUUUGCACAGAAAUCACAUCUUUUUGCACAUCAGCAAAGUCACACAGCUGAGAAGCCAUUUCCAUGUCAUGAGUGUGGGAAAUGUUUUACACACAAAUCAGAUCUGGUUAGUCAUAACAAAAGUCACACAGAUGAGAAGGCAUUUUCUUGCUCUGAGUGUGGGAAAUGUUUUGCCCGGAAAUCAGAACUUGUUAGACAACAGCGAAGUCACACAGGUGAGAAGCCAUUUCCAUGUCAUGAGUGUGGGAAAUGUUUUACACACAAAUCAGAUCUGGUUAGUCAUAACAAAAGUCACACAGGUGAGAAGGCAUUUUCUUGCUCGGAGUGUGGGAAAUGUUUUGCCCAGAAAUCAAAACUUGUUAUACAUCAGCGAAGUCACACAGGUGAGAGGCCAUUUCCAUGUCCUGAGUGUGGGAAAUGUUUUGCACACAAAUCAGAUCUUGUUAGUCAUAACCGAAGUCACACGGGUGAGAAUCCAAUUUCUUGCACUGAGUGUGGGAAAUGUUUUACACGGAAAUCACAACUUGUUAAACAUCAGAGAAGUCACACAGGUGAGAAGCCAUUUGCAUGUUCUGAGUGUGAGAAAUGUUUUGCACACAAAUCAGAUCUUGUUAUACAUCAUAGAAGUCACACAGGUGAGAAGCCAUUUUUUUGCUCUGAGUGUGGGAAAUGUUUUACACAGAAAUCACAUCUUGUUAGACAUCAGCAAAGUCACACAGGUGAGAAGCCAUUUCAAUGUUCUGAGUGUGGGAAAUGUUUUACACAGAAAUCACAACUUGUUACACACCAGAGAAGACACACAGGUGAGAGGCCAUUUCCAUGUUCUGAGUGUGGGAAAUGUUUUACAUAUAAAUCAAAUCUUGUUACACAUCAGAGAAGUCACACAGGUGAGAAGCCGUAUUCCUGUUCUGAGUGUGGGAAAUGUUUUACACAGAAAUCAAAUCUUGUUACACAUCAGAGAAGUCACACAGGUGAGAAGCCGUAUUCCUGUUCUGAGUGUGGGAAAUGUUUUACACAGAAAUCAGAUCUUGUUACACAUCAGAGAAGUCACACUGGUGAGAAGCCAUUUCCAUGUUCUGAGUGUGGGAAUUUUUUUACAUAUAAAUCAAAUCUUGUUACACAUCAGACAAGUCACACAGGUGAGAAGCCGUAUUCCUGUUCUGAGUGUGGGAAAUGUUUUGUAGAGAAAUCAGGUCUUGUUAUACAUCAGAGAAGUCACACAGGUGAGAAGCCGUAUUCCUGUUCUGAGUGUGGGAAAUGUUUUGCAUCUAAAUCAAAUCUUGUUACACAUCAGAGAAGUCACACAGGUGAGAAGCCAUUUUCCUGUUCUGAGUGUGGGAAAUGUUUCACACAGAAAUCAGCCCUUGUUACACAUAAGAGAAGUCACACAGGUGAGAAGCCGUAUUCCUGUUCUGAGUGUGGGAAAUGUUUUGCAUCUACAUCAGAUCUUGUUAAACAUCAGAGAAGUCACACAGGUGAGAAGCCGUAUUCCUGUUCUGAGUGUGGGAAAUGUUUUGCAUCUAAAUCAAAUCUUGUUAAACAUCAGAUAAGUCACACAGGUGAGAAGCCAUUUUCAUGCUGUGAGAGAAAUAAAUCCGCUCUUGUUGAACAUAUUAGACAUUACCCAAGCACGGAACCAUUUAAAUCUUCUGGAGUAUAAUUAUCACUGUCAUGCAAUGUUCCGCAAGGGUCAAUCCUAUCUCCUAUGCGUCAUGCAAUAUACAGUCUGGUCCAUAUAUAUUGGGACAUCGACACAAUUCUCAUAUUUUGGGCUCUAUACACCACCACAAUGGAUUUGAAAUUAGACAAACAAGAUGUGCUUUAACUGCAGACUUUCCGCUUUAAUUUGAGGGUAUAUACAUCAAAAUCAGGUGAACUGUCUAGGAAUUAAAAUGGUUUUUAUAUGUGCCUCCCACUUUUUAAGGGACCAAAAGUAAUGGUACAAACUAAACAAUCCUAAAUCAAAUAUUGUAAAUCAGAUCAGUGCGAUCGUCCAGAUCAACAAAAAAUACUUUACUACUUAAUGUGGUCGCAGCCCGGAUCAGUGUUUCGUGAAUUGAGCUUUGACAUAUUUUCCAAGGGCGAUCUGAUUACCAUCUCCUAGAUGAAGAUCUGGAUACAAUAUCCAUACUGAUAUGCAAAUAUUUAUCUGGUACGCAUAUACAUUUUGUGAUAACUGAAUUUAAUCCCACAUACGGAAAUAUACUACGCUAUAUAGCAAUUCUUUGUGUCUCCUAGCAGCAUUUAGAUCCCAGUAGUAACCUGGACUAAAGAAUGGGGGAAUGAUACGCCAUGUGUCAAGCCGUAAUCCGUACGCUAUAAUCUUGUGUGUGACAAAACUAGUGAUGAGCGGAUUCGGUUUUACUCUGUUCUCAAAACGGCAUCUUAUUGGCUUACAGAUGUCAUGUGUUUUGUAUAGCCAAUAAGAUUCUGUUUUGAGAUCCGAGUAAAACCGAAUCCGCUCAUCACUAGACAAAACUGAUUGAAAAAUACUACACCAUAGUCGCUCUCUUGUUUCUUCCUUUGUUUCCAGAAUCUUAAAUCAAACUUUUACUUUUUAAUAUUUUGUUGCAAAUCCUUUUGUCAGUUACAGCCUGAAGUCUGGAACGCAUAGACAUCACCAGACGCUGGGUUUCAUCCCUGGUGAUGCUAUGCCAGGCCUCUACUGCAAAUGUCUUCAGAUCCUGCUUGUUCUUGGGGCAUUUUCUCUUCCGUUUUGUCUUCAUCAAGUAAAAUGCAUGCUCAAUCGGAUUCAGGUCAGGUGAUUGAUUUGGCCAUUGCAUAACAUUCCACUUAUUUGCCUUAAACGCUUUGGUUGCUUUCGCAGUAUGCAUCGGGUCAUUGUCGAUCUGCACUGUGAAGCGCCUUCCAGUGAGUUCCGAAGCAUUUGACUGAAUAUGAGCAGAUAAAAUUGCCCAAAACACUUCAGCAUUCAUCCUGCUGCUUUUAUCAGCAGUCACAUUAUCAAUAAAUACAAGGAAACCAGUUCCAUUGGCAUCCAUACAUGCCCACGCCAUGACACUACCACCACCAUGCUUCACUGAUGAGCUGGUAUGUUUUGGAUCAUGAGCAGUUCCUUUCCUUCUCCAUACUCUUUUCUUCCCAUCACUCUGGUACAAGUUGAUAUUUGUCUCAUCUGUCCAUAGGAUGUUGUUCCAGAACUGUAAAGGCUUUUUUAGAUGUUGUUUGCAAACUCUAAUCUGGUCUUCCUGUUUUAUUGCUCACCAAUGGUUUACAUCUUGUGGUGAACCCUCUAUAUUCACUCUUGUGAAGUCUUCUCUUGAUUGUUGACUUUGACACAUAUACACCUAUCUCCUGGAGAGUGUUCUUGAUCUGGGCAACUGUUGUGAUGGGGUUCAUGCUAUUUAGUACACUAGUAGUGUACUAAAUAGCACGAACAGCUUGUAACGUAGAGUGGCAAGUUUAAUCUUUCUAUGUAUAAUGGAGAGAAAUAAAAGCUUCUCCCUAAGUUCCUGGAUGCCAAAUCACUGUCCUUAGUAUCUCUGUACAGUUUUUUCUAUUAGAGUACUAAUUAGCAGGAACAGCUUAUAAUGUACAACACAGAUUCUCUAACGCCGACGAUCUACAGUACUGUGUUGCUCGAACAGUUAGUUGCGUCAGAAUACACUAAUUUAUAUCUACUGUUAUGUCUAUACGUGCUCAUUACCGCUGUGUAUUUUAGAUAGUGAAUGAGUCACUCCUGCAGAUUUACCCCGAUUUGUGUGAAACCUGUGUGCACCCUUCUGUUGAAUGUUUUACAAUGGAUUACACAGAAAAAAUAAUAAAGUGAAUGUCACUGGAACACAAAAAAAAUUGACACUUUGGGAAUCGAACCCGGUACUCAGCGUGGCAGACCGGAGCCUUCAUCGCUAGCCCACAGCACUGCAUGGAAGAUUCUCAAGUUCAUGUGUAAAAGUACUGCAAAGAGCGAUUCCUCCCCAUUGGUGUUUGUUUAUGCCGUUAGGGGACUCGGACACUCAUUUUGUGCACUGUACAUACUGUAAAGUCAAUGAGCUACAUUAGUUGUUUCUGCAUACACAAGUGUUUUAACACGUUCAUUUGCGUCUGUAUAAACUAUACAUACAGGGAUUUGGCAUCCAGAAACUUAGGGAGGAGCUUCUAUCUCUCCCCAUUAUACUUAAUACUACGGGAUUUGGACACUCGCAUAUCCCUAACAUCAAUAGACCAUACUGUAUCUGUAACACGUUCAUUUGCAUCUGUAUAUGCUGUACUAUUUGCACCUGUACUGUAUAUACUGUUAUAGACUUUAUGACAUACUGUAGCAUAAUGUAGCGUAAUGAGACGCACCAGUAAAGUAGUUCUUACGCUGUAGUUCAGUAUUGUAUUUUAAUGGAGACCACACGCUUGCGCAUUGGUGAUUUAAAAAAGCGACAUCCGGUGGAUGAUCUUAGGUAUUACACUCAAAGGUAACGCCAAACGCUCUGUGUGCCUUCCUACGACUAGGCGUGCCUCCUUGCGCCCAGGUACGCUGCGUAUGCCUGAUCGCGACUAACGCCUCAGCCAGCCAAGAUAACGGAGGACCCGUCUGUAUAUUUAGUUCCUAAAUAAUACAUCCCAAAUGCUUAGGUCUUCUUUCUGCUGUUUAUUUUGUAUCUUGUGCUUUGUGUAAAUGUGAAUGUCUAAUACCAGUUUCCACAAUCUGUAUUGCUGCACGACAAUAUGGCGGCCAUUGGAACGUGUUUUCACUUCUAGUUUACCUAACUUGUUGCAGACACUCAUCUUGAUAAGGAGUGUCAGAGUGUUUUCAGAUACAAGAUCCUAUCCAUAUAUACCCUGUACAUUACCAUGUGCAUUAGAGUCACCCAGGUUCCAUCUGCGUUGGUUUGUUGUAUGUUACAUCUAUAUGGUGCGGAUACUCCCCUGUAUGAUUUCAUAAUAAAAGCUUUUGUCUGCAUCUAA